CGAAUUAUUCAUUAAUUCGUUUAUUUAUUAAUUAGAGCAUUAGUUUAGUUACGGAACAGCUUAUCCCGGCCUUUCUCGGGUUUAGUUGCUGUUGCUUGACCGCGACGAUUGACACCAGAGUUUGUUAUGGUCGUAUUGUCGUCGUGUAAUCGUGUUAUUGCUGUUAACGUACUUUAUUUAUAUCUAUUAAGAUGCAACAGCAUUAUUUAUUUUCCGGAAUAUCGUUAGCGUUGUUCCUGCUAAUAAGACGGAAGACGUUUGAAAUUAGCACCUGUGUCAAUCGUCAAACGGUUGACAGUGGGCACUAAAGUACAAUAAAUGGUAGGAGCAAAAACGCGAUGGCUGUUACUGAUUUGCAAAAUGAAACCAACAGCCAUUUUACAUGUUUUAUCUUAAACAAGCAUUGCACCUGAAAGCUACCAAAGCGAAUGUGUAUUUCGUACCUCCUGAUUUGUGAUAGAAUAAAAGGUACAGUUCCAUUAAAACAGUCGACCGAUUGAUUGAUCCAAAGUUUGAAACGUUUGUGUGGCUUGUGCUGUGUUUGUGAAAUUGGUGUUGUGAAAAUUAAGUGUGAAAAUGAUGAAAAGAAAGCGUGAAACAGGCUCCUCUUAUAAAAUUGCGCAAGCCGAUAACAAAAAGCUUGAGGCCGAGUUAUUUGGCGAAAGUAGUUCUUUUGGGAUGAGCAGCAACCCAUCAGCAAUUAAUGAAGAGGACAUUUGUGUGCAUGAUCUUCUCGUAUGUGGUCCUCAAGAUAUUGAUCAAGAAGGACACAACUAUGAUUGGAUAAAUAUCGAAGAGAUUGACAACAAUGAAGACUGCGAAAUUAUCAACGAUGACGUAUCCGAGAUAACGUUGGAAAAUGCACCGGAUUCCCCAAAGGAAGAUGAGCCAAUUGAGGAAGUUAUUAGAAACUGGGCUCUAAAAACAUAUCAGACGCACCAAGCACUCAACAGUUUAUUGGCUAUUUUGCAUGCACGAACCGAAUUUAACCUACCAAAAGAUGCGCGUACGCUACUUAGAACAAAGCAGUGUGGAAAGGAAAUAGUACCGAUAGCUGGAGGAGAGUUUUGGUAUCCGGGAGUACGAUCGGUUCUCCACAACUAUUUCCGUGAUGUACAACCAACAGUAAAUGAGUUUUCUUUAAAUUUCUUUAUUGAUGGACUACCGUUGCACAAGAGCACCCGAAAACAGUUUUGGCCAAUACUGAUGAGCAUUCACGAAAUGCCAGAAGUUCCUGUGUUGAUGGUUGGCAAUUUUUAUGGGCAAUCUAAACCGAAGAGUUUAGAUGAAUACCUUCGUCCACUCGUGGAGGAGCUCAAUGAGUUGAUAGAUAAUGGUAUAAAAAUAGCCAAAAAGACCAUCAAAAUAAUUAUUAGAGCAUUUAUCGCAGACGCACCUGCACGAGCGUUCAUAAAAGGUGUUGCCUAUUUCAAUCAUAAACUGGGAUGCCAGAGAUGUACAGUCGAAGGACAAUUUAAUUAAAAAGCUCGAGUGAUGUAUUUUUCGAAGAUAGACGCACCAAGAAUAACGGAUGAAGAGUUUCGUGGAGAAAAGUAUGGUGACCACCACCGAGAAAGAACACCUCUACUGCAUCUAAAGACAAUCGAUAUCAUUCGAAAUAUUAUUAUCGCGGAUGUAUUGCAUUUGAUAGACUUUGGAAUAUCACGAACAUUAAUCGUCGGAUGGAAAUCAGGAAAGCUAAUAGGGCGCAGUUGGUCAUCGGAAACGCUGAAUUACAUAAAUUCGCUACUUCAAAAGGUGGAAAUUCCGCCUGAAUAUCAUCGCAAAUUCCGUCGAAUUGAAGACACUGGUUUAUGGAAAGCCAUUGAAUAUCACAUGUUUUUACAUUACGCCAG